CCCCCAUUCAAAACGAGUGCUCGUUCUGCGGCGCACUGUGAGCCGCCACAGGCAAACGGCACCCCGGAGAGCCGCGAAUUCCCUCCUCCCGCCCGCCGAGUCCCCGGCUAAACCAAGACGUUCUCCCCGGCGAUCUCCUGGGAUCCGCUCCGCCCCCAUCGGUUUUCCUUGCAGGAUAGUGGGAUCCCCUUCCAUCCCCAGUUUAAAAGCCAAGCGCUAGCAGUGGCUGGAAGAAGAGAUCCCUGCCUUCACUUCCAUUGGCCCAAACAAAUCAUGGCUGCUGAUCGGCGCCACCCGGCUGUGAACGACGUGUACCUGACGCUCGUCGGCGCCAGCAACACCCUCGCCGACGUCCAGCGCCGCCUCGACCUCGAGUUCCGUGCCUCCUACCCUGACCACGCAAACCCGGCGAAACUGGUAGGGCGAGUGAAGCGGGUGCAAGAGGAGGUGGCUGCGCUCAAGGAUCUCUGCCGCGACCUCCUCGCCCAGAAGCAGGAGCUGAUCGACAUGAUGCGCACGAGCCUGGCUGCGCAGCGGAGCGCCACACAACGGCUUCUCGCCUCCUCCGGGCUGCCCCUCAUGACCGACGACGAGGAGGCCGCCUGCGCCAGCCUCAAGCAGGUGAUCGACGAGUGGACUGAUCAGCUGAAGCCAAUGGCAGGGGGUCCGGAUGGGGAGAAUGAAGACACCAACCAGAUCCUCUUCUCCGCAAUCCUUUAGAGAGACUGAAAACUUCUUGAGCAUCGAACAAUUUCUCUGUUGGAAGUUUUUCCUUCCAUCUUGUGUGCGUUUUUAGCAGAUUGCGACGGGCUUGUCAAUUAGCGUCUUGUUGAGUGUAUAUGAGAAAAACAGUGUUGAUUUCUUGGUUUGGGAUGCUAUUCCUGUUAUGUAUUUACGUCCAGUGUUCUGCACACA